AUGUAUAGCGAAUUGCUAAAUUCAACCAGUGCCACCGAAGCUCACCUCAUCAUUCAGACCAACACACCCUACCUGAGCGGCACACCGAGACCCGUGAGCUCCUCUGCUUUUUACAUGUCGACAGCCAGGGUGUUAAAAGAAGGGGAGAUAAAUAAGCCAGACCUGGUGACUUACAUCAUUCUGUUUUUCUUUCUGCUCUUGACUGUGACACUCAUUGUGCUCUUCAUCAACUGCCAGCUGAAAAAUUCUUUUUUUGCUACUCUUCCUUACGACAGAUCGCUCAGAGAAGCGAGAAGCCCGUGGAGGACACAAGCGGUCUGAGAUUAGAGAGAAACUCGGAAUUACAACGGCAUCAGGCACCGGGAGCCCUGUGGGAUGCGGCGUUACUGCCACGUGUCAGUCAAGGGACGUGACCCUCUGUAGGAACAGGCUGCAUCACAGGGAAAGAGUGCUGAAAAAGAUGCUGUAUGCAAAUCUGAAUAGCUGUAAAUAAAAAGCUUUGUUAUGAACUAAAGAGAAAAUGCUUUAGCCAAUUUAUACAGUUUCAUGCAAAAAAAUUGCCCUGUGAUUCCAGAUUAAGCUCUAUAUGUAUGCAAAUGUCAUCAUCCACCCAUUCAGUGUCCAUACAAGGAUAUUUGCAUUAACAACAAUCUCUGAUUUGGGCAUCUGGUGGAGCUUGUUACCCAUGUUUAUGAAACCAUAGCAUCUAAUGUAAAAAAACCACAGUAUAUUUACCUAACGGCUCCAUGCUGAGGAUAUGAGUUUACUCUCCAGACUCAUUUGUCUCCACUGCUGCUGAAACUGCGGGGUAAUGCAGCAGGAGUCCUGCCGGGCAGGAGGAGAAAACUAAAAAUGUUUAUUUAGCCUUUUGUUUGUGAUUCUGUUAAGGGUGGUUUUGAUGUUUUACUGCAUCAUUGAGCAGGUUUUAAGUUACCAGUUCUGUGAAACACUAAGUACCCAAGGAAUUUGUUUUCGAGGUUCUUAAGCUACAAAGGAAAUUAUUUGCCACGGCAUGACACCAAAAUAAUCAGGAUGGGGAGAAGGAAGGAGAGAAAAUAAAUAUCAUUAAUAGUACGUAAACUAAUGAAAGGGGAGAGCAGAGCUCUCCAAGUUCAGUUCAAGAAGCAGAUAACUUCUGAAAGCCAUAAAACACAGUUUCAUAGCAGUAGUUGCUUCAACGCACAACAUCCCUAUUCCUUCCUCUUUAUAUAAACCUAGAACAAUUAGAAACAUGGUUUAUCAAUACAGCAACAGUUUGAUUUAACACUGAUCACUGGCAAAACCCACUGGUUUAAAUUAUUAGCUAUCUGAUGUUUGUUUUAAAAGCUUCUGCUUAACCUUGUUACCUGACAUGCUAUUUUAUAGACACUGAUUUCUAAUAAGCUUGCGGUUACAGCAGAAUUCCAGAUCCUACUGCAUGACCCCCCAAACUGUAUUUUUUAUUUCUCACAAACAGUGGGGAAAGGGCUUAAUUUUUUUAAAACCCAGUAGCUCAGCACCCAACUGAAUUGCAGUUAUUCAGAAACAGAGUCCCAAAGCCUAUUUUUCUUUCAGUUUUUGCUAGUGGAUCACCUAUCAGAAAAAUGGGGUUCAAGUGGUGUCAGGUGCUGUGUCCCUAAAUUAAUUCUUAACAUGCAGAGUACAGCAGAAGUGCUGUGUGUAUAUAUAUGUACUUAUAUAAUCCCAAUGAAAAGGUUUUAGAACGCAGUUAUACAUAUACAGGCUCACCCUCAAAUACACAGAUAAAACAUGGGAGCCAGUUUGCAAACCUUUUUUUUACACAGGAAUUGCAGUUGAUAACACUUCCAUGGCAUUGUCUUGGUUACCAUGCUUUAUUAUGCUCAAGUAAGUUAAACUACUAUAUAACAGGCUUAAAUAUUUUAUUCCUCAAGAGCUGGCCAUUUUUUUAUUUCCUCUUAACCAAAUUUAACUGUUGUCAUUAUUCUAAUGUAGAAAGUGAGAAUAAAUUCAAGUGUGUUUAUCUCAGCCCUUUUUGAAUAAACCAAGUCUUAUCAAA